AUGCACUUCUCUUCUCUUGUCGCAGCCGCUGCCAUUGGCGGUGCCGCCGUUGUUUCUGCUGCUCCUGCAUCCUCUCCCAUUGACAAGCGCGCGACUACUUGCACCUUCAGCGGCUCUAGCGGUGCUGCUUCCGCCACUCAGUCCAAGGCUGCCUGCGCCACUAUUGUUCUUAACAACGUUGCUGUUCCCGCUGGCACCACCCUCGACCUGACUGGUCUCAAAACUGGCACGCACGUCAUUUUCGAGGGAACCACUACUUUCGGCUACAAAGAGUGGUCGGGUCCUCUUGUCAGUGUCUCUGGUACCUCAAUCACCGUCACCGGUGCUUCUGGCAGUGUCCUCGAUGGCGAUGGUGCUCGUUGGUGGGAUGGCAAGGGCAGCAACGGUGGCAAGACCAAGCCCAAGUUCUUCUAUGCCCACAGCAUGACAACCUCGUCCAUCAACGGCCUCACCAUCAAGAACUCCCCGGUUCAGACUUUCUCGAUUGAUGGAGCCAAGACCUUGACUAUGGAUUCCAUCACCAUUGACGGCGCUGCAGGAGACAGCCUCGGACACAACACUGAUGCCUUCGACAUCGGAGACUCGACUGGUGUCACCAUCACCAACGCUGUUGUCCACAACCAAGACGACUGUGUCGCUAUCAACUCUGGCUCUGACAUUACCUUCUCCGGCGGCUCUUGCACUGGUGGCCACGGUCUCUCUGUCGGCUCUGUUGGCGGCCGCUCUGACAACACUGUCAGCAACGUCCACUUCACCAACAACAAGGUCAUCAACAGCCAGAACGGUCUUCGCAUCAAGACUGUCUCUGGUGCUACUGGCUCUGUUUCAGGCGUUACAUAUACCGGCAACACCCUCUCCGGCAUCACCAAGUACGGUAUUGUCAUCGAGCAGGAUUACGAGAACGGCAGCCCUACUGGCACCCCUACCACCGGUGUCCCAAUUACUGGCUUGACCAUGACCAAGAACACCGGUACCGUCUCAAGCUCUGCCACCGAUAUUUACAUUCUCUGCGGCAAGGGCUCUUGCUCCAACUGGACUUGGAGCGGCAACUCUAUCACUGGCGGCAAGAAGUCCUCCGCAUGCGAGAACAUUCCCAGCGGUGGUGCCUCUUGCUAG